AUGCUGGUGCUUCACUUCACACUUCUGUUAACUGCUGCUGCUAGCAUCAGCAGUGGCACCAAUGGAUCUCAGCCUCACAAGCUGCUCAUUGCCUUCCAGGCUCCCUGGAACAUGACCUUCCCUUUCAGCGCCCUGCGGCUGGGCUCAGCCAUACAGAUAGCUGUGGAGAAGGUGAACGCCAACCCCACCUUCCUGGGAAACAUUAGUCUGGAUAUUGUGUUCAAGGACACUGAGUGUAGUCCCAAAGAGUCCCUAGGAGCAUUUAUUCACCAGGUGUGGAAAGAAAAGGUGUCUGCGCUCUUUGGUCCAGCAUGUCCUGAAGAAGCUGAGGUGACUGGUCUCAUUGCAUCAAAAUGGAACAUCCCAAUGUUUGGCUUUGUGGGACAAUCGUCCAAAAUGGACGACAGUGACAUCUACGAUUCCUACAUCACUGUAAUGCCCCCUCUUAGAAGAAGCGCCGGGGUCCUGGUGAAGACCUUGGAGUUCUUCGGGUGGAGUCACGUAGCUUUGAUCGGCGGGGGAUUGGACUCGAAUACUUGGGACAAGGUUGACGCUUUGUGGAAAACGAUUGAGGAUCCUCUGCGAGCCACAUUCAAGCUCACUGCAGUGGUUAAAUUUGACACCAGCAAUCCCCAGUUAGUUCAGCAGAAUGUUAGGUACAUUUCAAAGGUUGCUAGAGUUAUUGUGGUGCUAUCGAACAAAGAGGAUACUAUGGCUCUGUUGUUGGAGGCUGAGAGUCAGGGUCUGAUGAAUGGUGACUACGUUUUCUUCCUGGUACAACAUUUUGAGGUCAGUGGCACUGUGGAUAACUUGUGGAAAAAUGCCCUGAACAGCAAGAUAGACCAGGUUGCCAUAAGAGCUUUUGACAUGGUGUUCAUUAUUGCUCAGAAAUCCUACGAAGGUUACGAGUAUUAUGAUUUCUUUGAACAAGUUUUUAAAAGACUAAACGGACAUCCAUUUCGGAGUAACCUAACAUCUGAAAAACAGGUUAGCCCAUACUCUGCCUAUCUGCAUGACGCUGUGCUUUUGUACGCGAUGGCACUGAAGGAAGUCCUGAAAGAUGGCAAAGACCCUCAUGAUGGUCGGGAGUUAUUAACGAUCCUGAAAAAAAGAAACAACUUUCAAUUUUAUGGAGCCUCUGGACUGGUCCAUUUUGAUGAAGAGGGAGAGAGAAAUCUAGACUACUCAAUUUAUGACCUCCAGCACACAGGUGCCACCACCAAGUUUGUCCCAAUCCUCCAUUUUGACAGUCACACCCAAAAUAUCAGACCAACUUCAAUGUUUGCGUCUGUGGUGUGGCCGAAAGGAAGACCUCCACCUGAUGUGCCAGAAUGUGGCUUCAACAAUGAAAUCUGUGAAUGGGUGACUAAUGACAUUGCCCUGCUGGCUCUUCUUGCGACCUUCCCUGUUAUUGGGGUACUGGCAGUUCUGAGCAUUGGGGUGCUGGUGCUGCAGAAGUUACGACUCCAGACGAGGCUGGAUGACUCCUACUGGUGGAUGAUCAACUACAACGACAUCACCAUCAUCAGAGAACCUACAGGAAAUCAGGGUAUGUCUCUAAGCAAUUCAGGUACUCAUAUUGGGAGCGGUAGCUCUCAGGCCAGUUUAUCCACCAACAGCUACGACCUGAGGGACAAAGCAGGCAAAGAACAUAUCUACACCACCAUAGGUCUCUACCAGGGAAAUCAAGUGGCUAUCAAGUACACUGAGAACCCUGUUAACUGUAAUUUCCAGAAGCCUUCGAUCAUUGCAGAGUUCAAUAUGAUGAAAGAAAUGAAACAUGAGAACUUGGUGCAAUUUUUUGGCGCAUGCAUCGAACCACCAAACAUUUCUUUGGUCUUCCAGUACUGCAAGAAAGGUAGUUUGAAGGAUGUUCUUAAGGCUUCAGACGUUGACUUAGAUGGGAUGUUCAAGCUGUCUUUUGCAUAUGACAUUGUCAAUGGAAUGGAGUUUGUUCACAAAAGUAGCCUAAAAUAUCACGGAAACCUGAAACCUAGCACAUGUUUGGUGGAUAGCCGACUACAAAUCAAACUCUCUGGCUUUGGAUUGUGGGAGUUUAAAUAUGGAAACAAAGGCAAGAUGAACUCACUGGAAAACCCCAAUUACGAAGAGAUGUACUGGAUCGCCCCUGAGCUUCUCAGACAGGUCGGUUCCCCGAUCAAUGGAACACCCAAAGGUGAUGUCUACAGCUUUGCCAUAAUAAUGUGGGAACUAAUGUACAACUCCAAAGCUGGUCCGUAUCAGGACAUCAAUCUGGACCCUAAAGAGAUUAUUAUGCAGUUGAGGACACCUUUUCAAGGGGAACCCCUCCGACCAGUGCUGUCUGAACAGCUGGUUGAAGAGAACAUCAAUGCACUGCUAAAAGCCUGCUGGAGUGAAAACCCUGACUACCGACCGCCAUUUGGUUCUGUACGGAGGCGGCUGAAAGACAUUAGUCCAGACAGCCAUGCAAACAUUCUAGAUAAUAUGGUGGACAAGUUGGAAAAGUAUGCAAAUCACCUGGAGGAGGUGGUGGAGGAGAGGACCAAUCAGCUUACAGUGGAGAAAACUCGUGCAGACAAGCUCCUCGCCAGCAUGUUGCCAAGAUAUAUUGCUGAACAGCUGAUGUCAGGGAAGUCAGUGGAGCCACAAAGCUAUGACUUGGUCACCAUCUUCUUUUCUGACAUUGUCGGCUUCACCUCCAUGUGCUCAGUCAGCUCUGCAAUGGAAGUGGUAACAUUCCUCAACGACCUCUACAGUCUCUUUGAUGACAUCAUCAAGAUGUAUGAUGUCUACAAAGUGGAAACAAUUGGUGAUGCAUACAUGGUGGCAAGUGGUCUACCUAUCAGCAAUGGAAACUUGCAUGCUUUGGAGAUAUCCACAAUGGCGCUACAUUUCUUGAGAGGCAUAAAGGUGUUCAGAAUUCGUCACAUGCCAAAUGAGAGCCUUGCAAUUCGCGUUGGGAUACACUCUGGUCCAGUGGUUGCUGGAGUGGUAGGGACCACCAUGCCUCGAUACUGCCUCUUUGGUGACACAGUGAACACAGCUUCUCGCAUGGAAAGCAACAGCUUACCCUUGAAGAUUCAUGUAUCUCAGUCCACGGCAGACAUUCUUUUCCAGGCUGGAUCAUUUGAACUGGAAGAAAGAGGAGAAAUUCAAAUGAAGGGUAAAGGGACUCAAAAGACAUACUGGCUGCUGAACAGAGCUGGAUUUAAUCCUGUCUUCACUGACCGUGGUUCUUCACCAGUAAAAACAGAGAAACCAGGAGUGACCAGAGGUGAAGACAAAAGAGCCCCAAAAAACCUGACUGUACCUCCUAUAACUGAACCCAUGAUGCCUCCAGUACACAUCUAA